CACACGUACUGAGAUGCUGUCAACGGGGAUUAUCAUGGAUACCUGUGAUUUUCAUCGCCCUGGUCGUCUGCUGGUCCUAUUACGCGUACGUCGUGGAGCUCUGCAUAUUCACUAUAGGAUAUAGCAGUAUAGGAGAGCAGAUUGUGUAUCUGAUCUUCUUCACGUCUCCUUCGUCAUGUUCGUGUGGUCCUACUGGAAGACCAUCUUCACCAAGCCGGCCAAUCCUUCCAAAGAGUUCUGCCUGGCCAAGGUGGAGAAGGAGCGUUAUGAGAAGGAGGAGCGACCCGAGGCCCAGCAGGAGGUCCUGUGGAGGGCAGCCGCCGGCCUGCCGCUCUACACACGCACCGGGUCUGGAGCCAUCCGCUACUGUGACCGCUGCCAAGUCAUCAAGCCUGACCGCUGCCACCACUGCUCUGCCUGCGACAUGUGUGUGCUGAAGAUGGACCAUCAUUGUCCAUGGGUGAACAAUUGUGUGGGCUUCUCCAACUACAAGUACUUCAUCCUCUUCCUGGCGUACUCGCUCGUGUACUGCCUGUUCAUCGCCGCCACCGUGCUGCAGUAUUUCAUCAAGUUCUGGACCAACAACCUGCCAGAAACGCACGCUAAAUUCCACGUGCUGUUCCUGUUCUUCGUGGCGGCCAUGUUCUGCAUCAGUAUUCUGUCCCUCUUCAGCUACCACCUGUGGCUGGUGGGCCGGAACCGCUCCACAAUAGAGGCCUUCAGGGCCCCGGUCUUCAGGACCGGCUCCGAUAAGAACGGCUUCUCUCUGGGCUUCCGCAAGAACGUGGCCCAGGUCUUUGGGGACCAGAGGAAGUACUGGCCCCUGCCUCUCUUCACCAGCCAGGGCGACGGGUUGAUCUUCCCCACCCGCCUGGUGAGCCCCGACCCGGAGCAGGGCGGCCCCCAGCCCCCGGAGCCCAGCCAGAGUGUGGCGGGGGUCCCGGCCAGCCCCCUGAGCGAGGUCCAAGACCACCUGCUGAACAGCCCCCCGCACGGCAACCACACAGCAGCCCCCAACGCCCUGACAUCAGGCAAGACACACACACACACACACACACACACACACACACACACACACACACACACACACACACACACACACACACAGUCUCUGACACACACAGCACGCUAGCGUUGUUAAUGGGCCAGCUAAUGUCUGACCCCGGCGGUGCCUUCAUGCCGGGCGGUUCUGAGUGUUCUCUGAGCUCUCCCUCUCUGCUCCACAGUGGGACCGGACAGCGUCACCAUAUCGCUGGAGAGCCAGUCCUAACGCGAAGCUCCUCGGCCAUUUUUGAAAACGAUGCCUUAAGUGACACAACACCGUAGCCCGUCACCAUGGAAACGGUCUCCCAGCACAUCCUCCAUCCCACCAUUCCCACCGUGCCGGUCGUCAUGGCAGCAGCGCCUUGUGGGGUGCUCCCCCCGACACACACCCGCACGUUGUCCAGAUACACACACAUACGCUGUUGAUAUUAAUGAGAUAUAUAGAUGUAUAAAGAUAUGUGUCUCUAUCUAUAGAUUUAUAUAUCUCUUUAUAUUUUUUCCACGCUUUCCGCUUGUGAAACUUCACGACAUACGACUAGGAGCGAUGUCUGGGGGGGGGGGGGGGGGGGGGGCGGGGAAUCCACCAGACUCCCGUCUGAGACCAGGGACCCCCUCUCGCCCUUCAGAUAAGCGCUGGCCCAGAGAAGACUCGCUGGAGCUCAACAGUCUUCUACAGGUUGUUGCUGUUUCGUUUUUUUCUGUUUAUUCUCCGCUCUUUUCUUUUAUUUUAUACUAAUGUUUUUCAUGGACUGAUGGUAGUAAUGGACGUUUACAAGGAGCAAUGGAUUUAGUUAUGUCGGUCUUUUUUUUUGUUUGCGGCUGUGUGUGGACCGCACCUUGCAGACCUGGACUAAACCAAACCGUUAUUGGAAGGGGGGGGGGGGGGGUCUCGUCUCGCGUGGGGUUUUGGACGGAGCAGCACAAGAUGGCACAGUUGCACUUUCUGGAUUUGAGUAUCGAUGUCUGUCAACAAGGUGCUUCAUUUUUGGAUUUUGUGAUUCAUGGCGUGAGUUGGGUGUGAAGCAGCAGCUGUUGUUUUUGUUUUUUAUAACUAACAGGAACUCAACCAAUCAGCUGUACGAUUUGCGGUGGGAGGCUCCGUUUACAUAUAUUUAAUCUACGUUUGCUGCUUUUUAAUAUCGGACCUUUCACCUGGGAGACGCGUUCUGAGAACAGCCGCCAACAUGUUUAGGCGAUGUUAUGCUGAAUGGGGACGGAUAUUUUCUUUACUAUUAUUUUUUUUUUAUGUUCCCGUCAGACAUCACGUCUAUCCAGGCUCACUUUUAUGCAGCCCGAGGCUUCACCUUUUCUAGGCCCAAGGCGCUUGUUGCCAAAUAAGGGCUGAUCUACAGGGAGCUCCGACCACUGAAGUGUUUACAACAUUCAAGCUUUACCUGUCCUCCGGCCGUUGUCAUUCUUACCAAAUGUGUUUUGUCGUCGCAGUGCAACGCAAGUACUCCUUGCCUCUCUUGUUAGGAGCCGGGAUGCGUCUGCAGCACCGAUGAUGGCCAGCAGGUGGCGAUAUUACUCCUGGUAUUCAGCCCUCGUUUCAAUGAAUGGUGUUUUGUAUCAUAUCAACAGCUGGCUCAGGGCUUCCUUCAUAUUCAGUCUCCUUAGGGACUCAUACUUUAAAUAUUAUUAGAAUAAGGAGCGUUAUGAUCUUCACAACCAUUUAACAAGUAGGGGAUGAAGAGUGGGGAUGUCGUUGUUGGGCUGUUUAAAAAUGUAACAUGAAUAUUUUAGCUCUUGCCAUAGCUUUACUGUUAUACAGAGUUGCCAAAUGCAGUUGUUUUGUGUUUUGUGUUCAGUCUUUAUUUACGCCCCUGCGCAUGUGAAGCACCAGAAAAAAUACAAGGGCUGCAUGGUUCAGUCGUCCCAAUUAUCACAUCAUUCCAAAGUAAACCUACGGCCACAAAGCCCCACCGUCCGACCGCUCUGUGGCGUAUUACGUGUUCCAUUUUGUGGAGGCCCUCCCGCCCGUAACCAGGGAAACGGUCCACUUCCGCUUCACGGUGGAUUGGUUGUUUAAUCAUUUCAGACCCUAUCUGUGACUUUCGUCUGUCGGGCUUGUGAAGUGCUGGUUUUAAGUGUGUGUGUGUGUGUGUGUGUGUGUGUGUGUGUGUGUGUGUGUGUGUGUGUGUUUUGUAAGUGUCACUGUGGUCCUGAAUGUAUUUCAGUCAUGGUAACUUCAACUAGUGCUGCGUCCUGAAGUGGUGUUGUACUGUACUCACGGUAGGCUGGUGAUCGGAGGGUAUUUUGGCCGGCCUUUAAUUUGGUGUAUUUGUUUUUCCUCCGUUUCCCAAUGAUGUGUCAGCAUUAUCCAAUCUGAACUUGUUUCAAUGUGUGGAAUAGUCUGCAGUCACUCGGAGCUGUUCCUGAUGCAGGGAGCAGACAAUGUGUCCCCUUCCACCAGCGGAAAAAAAACAUUUAACUCUGCCCAGAGGGGGGGGGGGGGGGUGGUGGUGUGUGUGUGUGUGUGUGUGUGUGUGUGUGUGUGUGGCUGUAAACAUGUCCCUGUUGCAGGGGAAUUGGUUUUAGUUGCUCUCUAUAACAUAAGAUCGUUUAAAGUUCAGCCAGACUAGUCCAUCAUCAGAAUAACUGAAGCCAUAUAAAGGAAGACUCCUGUAAUAAGGAUGGAAAUUCCUCAAGUUUUUGGUCUAAUAUCAGUGGUUGUUUUUUUUGGAUGUAGCCUAGCGAAACCAUGCUUAUCACCAUAUAUAUUGUUUGUAUGUGAAAGUUUUUUGUUAAACAAUGACUGCAUAUAUAUUUUCUUUUCUGAUUAAUUUACUGUACUUUGUGAAUGUCAUAUAUGCCUCUACAUAACGUAAACAUAAUAAUAAAUGUUUUGUUUUUUUAA